CUCUGUUGUGCUGGGCGGUAUUGGUUCACAUAGGGAACACGGACAGGGAAACAGCACUGUGAAGUAUGCAACUGGCCUACAACAACAAGUUCAAGCCGCAGAACAACUCGUUUGUUGUUAAGCUGAAGAGGAACGCGACGAAGCUGUCGGCGAUAGUUGUGUUUCUCGUUGUUGUUGUUGUUCUUAUAGUGAACACUUCGUUCUCCAAGGCCAGAACAGCGGGUGCCACCGAUGUGUCCACCAAGCUCCAUAGUUACUAUGCAAACGACAUCCCGGUGAAGAACGCGCUGAUCUUUCCCUCGAUCGAGCAUGCUCCUCUGCUUAGGGAGAUGGGGGUUGAUGCCCUGUUCAACACGAAGGUUGAUGCGCAAGGCAAGAAGCUUUACCUCAUGACCGAGGCUGCGACUGAGGAUUCAGAGGCCAGCUUGAACCGUAAGUUCGAGUCAGAUGACUCUACAUCACAGCUGCUGCACGUGAAGAAGUCGUUUUUGGAACACGGCAAACUCAAAUACACGGGAUCAUCGUCUCCAGACGUUGUUGUCGUCACUCUCGUUGAUUUCGAAAAGUAUGAACAGACCCAGCUCAUAAAGAUUGUUCAAAACAGGGUCAACUAUGCUCAGAAGCAUAACUAUGGUAUCUAUGUGCGUUGGACGCAGGAGUUCCUACCAAUGCUCUCAGUGCACAAUGCUAAGUACGACUGGGCAAAGCUUUACGCGUUGAGAGCAGCAAUGUAUGCGUUCCCUAACGCAAAGUACUUUUGGUACUUGAACGAAGAGGCGAUGAUCAUGCGUUACGACAUUGAUAUGGUGAAGUACCUCCUUAAUCCAAAGGUUUUGGACCCAAUCAUGCUAAGAAAUCAACCUAUAGUCCCACCAAAUGGAGUCAUCCGUACCUUUAAGAAUACCGACUCAGCAGACGUUGACCUUGUCGUAACACAAGCCGGUCAGGAUAUUAACACCGACUCGUUCAUCUUAAAGAACACAUUCUUAUCAAAAGCAUUGGUUGAGUUUUGGAACGAUGAGACCUUUAAGUCUUAUCACAACUUCCCAAGACUUGCCGAGUCUGCAUUGACACACAUUCUCCAGUGGCAUCCAAAGUUCUUAGCACAUACUGCAAUUGUGCCACCAAGAACUAUUGCUGGUUUGGACUCCGAUAUAGCAGUCAACGAUGAUAUACAUUACUCAAAGGGUGACUUUGUCGUCGUGUUCAGGGACUGUGAGGCUAAACAGUCAUGUUCCAAGGAAAUCGACCAGUACUGGAGUAUAGCAGAGUCAAAGUAAACAUUCGAUGAGCCUUUCUUUAAUAGACAUAGAAAACUAC